CCCAACCGAAUCACUCAUUAAUCUCUCUUUGGCGUUUCCUUCUACUACUACAUAACUGUUAUCGUUUUCGUUUCUCCUUAUAUAUUCUUCGUGCAGCCGAGUCAUAUUCAACAUCAUCAUGGCUUGCUCUUCACCGUCUUCUCUGAUUACCCAAGGUCCAGAUGCGUCACCUACGCUGCAACAACGCCUCCAAUUCAUCGUCCAAAGAAGGCCUGAAUGGUGGGUUUACUCCGUUUUCUGGCAAGCUUCAAGGGAUGCUCAAGCUCACGUUGUUUUAUCAUGGGGUGAUGGCUAUUUCCGUGGGACACGAGACUUUACAGGCAAAUCUUGCAAUAAAAUGAUCCAACAGAGGAAGGGAUCGGGAAAAGAGGUGCAAGAUUUUUUUACCGAAUUGGACAUGGACCGAAUGGUGGAUGGCGCUGGUGCUGGCGACUGCGGCGAUCUCACCGACUACGAGUGGUUCUAUACUGUAUCGAUGACUCAAUCCUUUGCUGUUGGAGACGGCAUUAUCGGGAAAGCUUUUGGCUCAGGCUUGCAUAUUUGGUUGAGUGGAGAUCAUGAACUCCAAUCGUACCCAUGUGAGCGAGUUAGAGAAGCUCGAAUGCGAGGGAUUCAGACCCUACUGUGUCUUCCCACACCCCUUGGAGUGAUCGAGUUGGGAUCUUCGGAGAUGAUCGUGGAAGACUGGGGCACGGUGCAACUUUGUAAAUCAAUAUUCAGUUCAAAGCAGGCCACAGGCCAUGAAUCUCAAGUCAAGAUUUCGACCACCGGUAUCCCUUUUCUCGAUUUCGGAAUGGUUUCAGGUGACCAAAAGGAUCCGAUUCCAAGUUUAAACCGGUUUUCACCGGACUCCGGUGUUGAUUCCGAUAACAAUUUCGCCUCUGAAGGCACGGAGUCUAACAGCAGCCGACCGAAAAAGAGGGGACGCAAACCGGGGAGUGGGAAAGAAUCACCCAUAAACCACGUCGAAGCAGAGCGGCAGCGGCGCGAGAGGCUAAACCACCGGUUCUACACACUCCGAUCCGUCGUUCCAAACGUAUCGAAGAUGGAUAAAGCAUCUUUGCUUUCGGAUGCAGUAGCCUACAUCAAGGAACUGAGAUCAAGGAUCGACAAAUUAGAGACUGAACUCUUGGUACAAUCCCAGAAACCAAAGUUGAAUCCCAUCAACGUCUUCGAAAACCAAAGCACAAAACCCACAUUCGACAGUACGAUCAAGCAGUCCUCUAGUUUUUGGCCAAAGACGGCGGAAGUCGAUGUAAAGAUCGUGGGAUCUGAAGCUAUGAUUCGAGUUCAAAGUCCGGAUAUAAAUUAUCCGGCCGCCAGAUUGAUGGAUGCUCUUCGAGACCUAGAGCUUCAUGUUCACCAUGCAAGCGUAUCGAACGUCAACGAUCUAAUGCUUCAAGAUAUUGUCGUCAAAGUUCCCACCGGAAUAUUUAUAAGCGAGGAAGUGCUUAGCAAUGCUAUCCUCCAAAGAUGCUCGUUGAACUAGCUCUCGGGUCACCGGUGAGAUGCUCUUUUUGUCUUCUUUCUUCUCAUGUUUAGAUGUUCAUGCAAUUAUUUAACCUCUUCCACAUGGUCCACCAUCUUGCAUGCACCAAGCGGUGAAACAAUUGAUCAAUGUUGUUAGCACUUGAGUACAGUUAAUAAACUAGCUUGUUAUAUGCAUGAA